CCUGUUGCUUAUGUUCCUCAGAUGUGCCGCUAGCACUCACUGAACAACACAGUCGAAGUGGAGUUGAAGCUCUGAGCAGCAGCUCGCACUUCUCCUUCUCUUCUCCUUGUGACCUUUAUCUUCUCUCAUCUGACCUCCAUCUUUUCUCAAAUAUAUAAACAUGAUGAACACAUCCGGCUGCAGACAAACCGGAUCAACCCUGUGGUGAGGGCCAGUGAAUAAUUGCUGGCCUCCAGGCAUGUGAGGCGCUCUGAGAUUGGAGGUGUCCGGGUGAAAGAUGACUUUACUGGCUGGCGAUGGCUCUGACUAUGACUACAGUGCCUUGAGCUGCAUCUCGGACACCUCACUGAACCCACCACCCAUCCAGGAUAGCGAGGCCCUUAAGGGUGUUUACUACAAACGUGCUCGGUGUCUUGCUAAGGAUCCUGAUGCUGAUGCCAGCCUCUUGCCUGGCACCCAACGCUUACAUGCCAUCAUCAAUGUGGGUGGCCUGCGCUACCAGUUGCCAUGGAGCACGCUGGAUGACUUCCCACUGUCACGGCUAGGCCGUCUGCGUCUGUGUACAAGCUUCGACGAGAUCAUGUGUGUGUGCGACGACUACGAUGUGGCUCGCAAUGAGUUUUUCUUCGACCGAAGCCCAUGUGCUUUCCGUGCCAUCCUGACAUUCCUGCGUGCGGGCAAGCUGCGUGCUUUGAGAGACACUUGUGCUCUGUCCUUCCAAGAAGAACUGCUGUACUGGGGUGUCCCAGAGGAAAAGCUGGAGUGGUGCUGCCGAAGGCGCCUGAUUCAGCGCAUAGAGGAGCGUGAUGAGCUUGAAAGGGUGGCCGAGGAAGAUGAGGAAGAGGAAGAUGAUGAGAGUGAUGGAGGUGGUAGGGAGGGAGGCCUGGAUAGAGAAUCUCGAGCGGGCCGCUGCAUGGUCAAGCUAAGGGACAUGGUGGAAAGGCCGCACUCAGGUCUUCCUGGAAAGAUCUUCGCUUGCCUCUCAGUGCUCUUUGUCACCAUCACAGCCAUUAAUCUGUCCAUAAGCACCAUGCCUGCCAUGAGGGAGGAGGAAGAAGCUGGCAAAUGCUCCCAGAUGUGCUACAACAUCUUCAUCGUGGAGACUGUGUGUGUGGCGUGGUUUAGUCUCGAGUUCACACUGCGCUUCAUUCAGGAUCGCAGGAAGCUGGCCUUCCUCCGGCGUCCGCUCAAUCUGAUUGACGUGGUGGCCAUCUUGCCCUACUACAUCACCCUGGCUGUGGACGGCACCUCCACGGGCUCGGGCAGCAGCUAUCUGGACAAAGUCGGGCUUGUUCUGCGCGUCCUGCGGGCUCUGCGCAUCCUGUACGUGAUGCGUUUGGCUCGGCAUUCACUCGGUCUGCAGACGCUGGGCCUUACCGCACGCCGCUGCACACGCGAGUUCGGCCUGCUGCUGCUGUUCCUGUGCGUGGCCAUCGCGCUCUUCUCCCCGCUCCUGUACCUCAUCGAGAACGAGGUGGCGGCCACGCAGGAGUUCAGCAGCAUCCCGGCCACGUACUGGUGGGCGGUGAUUACAAUGACGACGGUGGGCUACGGUGACAUGGUGCCACGCAGCAUACCUGGCCAGGUGGUGGCGCUCAGCAGCAUCCUGAGCGGCAUCCUGCUGAUGGCCUUCCCCGUGACAUCCAUCUUCCACACCUUCUCCCGGUCCUACGUGGAGCUGAAGCAGGAGCAGCAGCGCCUCCUGCAGCGGCGGACUCACUUCCUCCUGCGCGGGCGCGUGCCUGGUCUCGGCAGUAAUGCGUCACUAGAGAGUGACGUCCUGUUUCCCAGCGCCUCGUCCGACCCGAGAGACCUCGAUGACUGAAAAAAAAAAUAGACAGGAAUAAAAACAAAACAAAUGGCGUGAAUAAGGACAGAGAGCUUUUGUCAGUCUUAGACACAUUCAGCAAUCUGAAUUAGGUCGUCACUUUUGAAACUGAGCUCAAAGCGUGCUCAGCUGUUUUUCAGGAGUCAGGCUUUAACUGACACAGGGUGAAUUCAGAUAUAUUGAGACAUCAGAUAAAUUAUAAAAUCUUUUAAGUGGUGGUUUCCUACUUCUAUUCUUACUUUGGAUAGACUGAAAAAAGUAUUCGACGAACAUUUAUACAUCUGAGUAGUUAAUGGUUAAGUGUCUUGCUCAGGGGCCUGGUGGUGGCAGUGCAGGGGUUUAAACUCGUGAUCUUCUGCUCAGUAGUCCAACGUCUUUACCACUGAGCUACCACUGUGACUGACAACAUGUUCAUUGCUUAUAUUAAAUUUAAUUUAAACGAGUUUCUACGCAUUAGCUUGAAUGACGUAGAGUGAGCAUUCAUGCCCAUGUAGUAUUGUGCAUUGACAAUUCAUGUAGUAGACAUUAGAAUCGCGCGAGACUGCUGGUACUGACGGGAUUAUAACUAACUGCUGUGUUGUGUAGUGCAGCGGUAAUGUAGCUGUUACAGAACGCCAGUGAUCAGGGGGAAGAAAUCGAUUUUAUUCAGGGCUUUGAAAAUACAUGAUCAAAUGAUGGAUCUAGGAAAACAAAUUGUGUUACUGUAACUCAAUUAAAUCAUAUGGAACCCAUGUUCGCAUUUAAAUUAACUAAAUUCAAUGAGCUUUUUUUUUGCUCAGUGUAUGAAUUUGAAAAAAAAAAUCAAAAAUGUUCUGGGUGGGAGGGCACAUGGCUUAGUGUUUAGCACUGUUGCCUCACACUUCGGGGGUUGCGGGUUCAAAGCCUGCCUCUGCCCUGUGUGCACAGUCUACAUGCUCUCCCUGUGCUUCAGGGGUUUCCUUCCCCAGUCUAAACACAUGCAUUGUAGGCUGAUUGGCAUUUCCAUGUUGGUGUGUGUGUGUGUGUGUGUGUGUGCGCUCUGUGAUGGCUGGCACACCUGCCUUGUGCCACAAGUCUCCUGGGUAGGCUCCCCUGCAACCCUGUGUAAGAUAAGUGGCAUGGAAGGUAUUCAUGGAUCAAAGGUAUUCCAAAGACUGUUAGUAUACACUAUAUGGCCAAAAGUAUGUGGACACCUAAAUAUUCCCCCAUAUGAGGGUUAAACAUUUGCCACAAAACACACAAUUGUCUAGAACGUCUUUGUAUUCUGUAGCAUUAAGAUUUCCCUUCAAGAACUAAGACGUCCAAACAUAUUGCAGCAUGGCAGUGCCCCCGUGCACAAAGUGAGGUCUGUAAAGUUUGCCAAAGUUGAUAUGGAAGAACUAGAGUGACCUGCGCAGAGCCCUGACCUCAAUCCCACUGAACACGUUUAACGUUUAAAGAUUAACUGCACCCCAGGCCUCCUCGUCUGACAACAGUGCCUGACCUCACUAAUGCUCUUCUGACUGAAUGAGCACAACAGCCAUACUCCAAAAUCUAGAGGAGAGCCUUCCCAAGAAAGUAGAGGUUAUUAUAACAGCAAAAAGGGGGGACUAAAACUCAAAUGGGAUGUUCAAAAAGCUCAUAUGAGUGUGAGGGUUAGGUUUCCACAGAAAUUUAGCCCAUGUAGUGUGUGUGUGUGUGUGUGUGUGUGUGUGCGUGUGUGUGUGCGUGUGUGUGUGUGUGUGUGUGUGUGUGUCCCAAAUUUGAGAAUAUUGCCAUCCCAAAUGUCAUUAAAAAUGAUUUUCACUCAGUUUUCACAAAAUGGUAAGCUAUGCUUCUUUAGAAUAUGAUAAUAAUAUUUUUCCAUCACACAUGUAGGUAGUCAACACUUUGAGGAUCAUGUGAUGGGGUAUUUUUGUUUUAUUAAUGGAAGAAAGCUUAAACAAAGUGGAAAAUCAAAGAACUGUCCCGAUAUAUCUGAAUUCACCCUAUUAAAAUGCACAUUGUAUACAUUGUUCUUUCUAACCGUCACAAUUCCCAUGAUAUUAAAAACACAAAGGAGGGUCCCAUGUUAAAGUAAUUAAGCAAACUACUUAUUCCUUGAAUGGUUCGAACCUGUAAUCUAUUAUAUUAUAUGUACGUAUUUAUUCCUCAUAAUAUUUCAGAAUAUUGCCAACUUCAAAGCACGAGUUUAAAUCUAAAGAAAGUUCCUGUCCUACACUAUAUGCUAUUAAAGCGCAAUGCCCUUAAGCUACAGUAAAGACAUUAAACACAAUAAACACAUAAAGACCAACAUCAUUGGUCUUCUCUAUUACUGUUGUCAAGUUUCCAAAAUGACUUCAGCAUUCACAUUUUGUAUAACGACUUGAAGGGUGAUUUCUUAAACACACAUGCAGUACCAAAUGAAUAAAUUUGUUUUGAUUUGUGUUGGUGCAGAUUUACUCUUUAUAUACAACUUCUCAAGGAUACAAGGUACAUUGUAGCUCUGAUUAUGCUUACUUUAAUUGUUUGUUCCUAUGGAUUGUUAUUGCAUGUUUUAUGAUCAGAGUGGAUGUGAGUGAACACCAGAGGGCAGCACCAUUGCUGCAAUAGUUAUUUCAGUCAAAGGUAUAUGGAUUCUGGGAGAAGGUAAGACAAUUAACACCAGCUUUUGAACAUUUGAACUUGGCAAAUGUAAUGGUUCUGCAUGCAGUAGAAUCCUGAGGAGAUGGGAAAAGGGCAAGCAGAAGACAACUUUUUCUUUUUAGUUGGUUCUUUUUAAUUGAAGGAAAUUCACUAAAACACCAGAAAAUGGAGCUUCUUUUGAAAUAAAAUUUCAAAGCAUU